AUGAGACAAAAUAUAAAUGAUUUAAAAAGUUCUUCCCUAAAUGUGAGUUUAUUGAAUGGUGAAGAGGAGGGAAAUAAAGGCUCAGUGCUGAAGGAAAAAAGUAUCGAUUUAAUUGAAGAAGUGAAUUUAAAAAGCAUACCAAGGGAGAAGUAUACUAAGUUAAUCCGUUUGGAUCAGCGAAUUGAUUUUUUGAAAUUCAAAAUUUUUAAUUUAUCAAGUGGGUUCAAGCAGAAGAAGGACAUUGUAUAUGAAAUGUUAGGUGAAAAUGGGGGAGAGGAACGGACACUCAAUCUCGCAUGUGAUGUUGUUAAUGAAGAUGAUGAUAAAAAAAAACAGUUGAAAAAUUUAAAUUAUUUUUCAAAGCAAGGUCUUAAAAAUUUUCUUUUAGAUAGCUGGGAAGACAGCACGAAUCAAUCAAUCAAUAAAAAGAAAAGAAAUUUGGAACGAAAGGAAAAUGACAACGGAUACGGAAAAAUGAAAUAUAAAUUUGGUACACUCCUUGAAAUUAUCACCAGAAAAAAAGGUGAAUUAAAAAAUGUUCACAAAAAUGAAGUUACCAAAAUUUCGUCAAAUGGCUCUUUCAGUGAUUUGAAUCAGGACAGAAUUUAUCUGACUAAUCCAAAUGGUGAGAAAAAAAAAAAUUUUCCAAGUGGUCGGCUGUACUUUUUCACGUGGGAGGAAUGGAAGGCACGUCAACGCAGUUAUAAAAAUUUGGGAGAUCAUUUAAGAGAGAUUUUACUGGAUGAGUCUCAAAAUAUGGGAAACGAAAACUACCUGAACGACACGAAAAAGGGUACGAAUGUAAGAACAAACCAAUAUGCAGCAAAUUGUGUAAAGUUCCCAAGGGGGGUGGAAAAAUUCCGCAACAGACAUAGGGACAAGGGGUGUAGAGCAUACCUAAAAAAUAUAAAACAAUUGUUAAAUUUGUGUGACGAAGAAUUAAAAGAUUUGGUGCAAAUAUGUAAUUUUGAAAUAGACUUGGAUAUUAACUCCUUUUAUUUGAACUUCAUAAAAGAAAACAGUGAUAACUCCAUAUCGACAUAUAAUAUAGGGCACAAUAAAAACAUUUACGACGUAAAGCAGUUUAGGGGACAUACAAAUGAAAAGGUAACAACAUAUAAGCAAUCUUCUUCUUUUAAUUUUGGUACAUACUUAUGUAAUAUUUGUGUUCAUGAAUAUUGUUACUUCUGUUAUGAUCUAUUAGAUGAGUCACUACUACGUGCUGAGCCUUCGAAAUGCAUACCAUCCCACAUUUGUGAUGGAGAAGAAAACAAAAUAAAAUGCAGUUUUCACUCAAACGGCGAUGUUAGAAAUAACCAUAAUGAGAAUCAUCGACUGUUAGUUGAUCAUGCAAGUUUUGAUUUAACCUACCACGGAAAGGUUUUUAAUGAAAACGGGAACGUUUCUGGACAAGUACAAUGGAAGAAUAAAAUGAAUGAAAAAAAAUGUGUUGAAAAGGACGCAUACUCCUUGUGCACAAAUGAAGGAGAAAAAAUGGACGAUUCAAAUAAAUUAAGAAAAAAAACAAUUUUGCACAAAAAUAGUGAUAUUGUAGAAAAAGAGGAAGACACAAAGAAAUUAGCAACGAUGCAUUCUUUUAAUAAAAAGCAAAAUUAUUCAAAUGAUGAAAAUUACCUCGAUAUAAAAGAUAUCAUAAGUAAUAAUCCAGAUGAGAAAAAAAAAAAUGUAGUUAUUAAGAAGGAAAAAACAACAAACGGAUGCAGCUGUCAAAGAAUGUUACCAACCAAUCAAAAUGACAUGGAAUGCAAUAUGAUAAAUAUAAAUAAUCCUAUUCGUGAGAAGAUUAACCACAUGUGUGGUGAUAAAGUGGUAGGAAAAAGAUCACUAAGCCAAGAUAGAAUUUUUUUUUCUGAGCAAGCAGAUUGUUUUCAUAAAAAUUACAAAUUAAAAGACAUUAAUAUGGUGAAGGGGAGCUCUCUAUACGGAGAGAAAGUCCUGUGCGAUAUGAGGGGCCAAAGUAUAAUAAGUGAAGAAAAUAAAAAAUUGGAAAAUUCCGGAACAGGGAAGAAUGUCCAAGAGAAAAUACUCACAAAUAUAUAUACAAGGAGCAGCAUCGACACAUGCAACUCGACAAAUAUAAAAUCAGUAGGAAAUCAACCUUUGGGAAAUUCCUUUGAGAAGAAAGAAGGGGAAAAUGAGAAAGUAAAAACUGAUAGAGAAAAUCUUGAUAUUAUGCAAAGAAAACGAAAUGGAAGGAAAUUUUUUGAAAAGUUAAAAAAAAUGUUUGUAAUCAAAAGGACGACUAAGGUGAUAAGUAGAAAAAUUCGAAAUGACAGGAGGACUGCCAAUUGCUCUAAGGGGGGAAGAUUUGGUAUUGGCGAUAUGUGGAAAAACAUGACCAAGAGAAAUGUUCUUAUUGGAGGGCAUAAUAAGAGAGAAGAUCAAAAUAUGAAAUUGAAAAAUGUGAAUUUAUGGAAAGAACAUAGAAAGGGAAGUGCAAAAGAAGGUUUUAAUGAUCACUGUCAGGAUGAGACAAGAAAUGAAGGUGAAUUAUUAACAAAUGAAUAUAUUGAUAAUAACUUUAAUGAAAUAUAUUACAUUCAAAGAAUAAAUGUGAAUAAUGAUUCGUUAUUUGUUUUCGUAAGAAUUUACCAGAUAUAUAUAUUUUCAAAGAAGUGUACUAAUAGUAGAAGUUCAGAAAUUUCAAAUAAUGAUGAGUCCCUUUUUGAUAAAUCUGCUGCUUAUCGUACGAACGUAUCUGUGUAUGUUCUCGUGGUUUUAAGAAAUAACCUUUUAAAAUGUGUAAUAAAAAAGAAAGUACUUAAUGAAAUUAGAAAUUGUGUAGAUAAAUGGAAAAAGCAUAUAAUUACGAAAGCUGAACUUAUUAAAGAAGGUUCUGUACCUGUAUGUAUUAAAAUGAUUCAAAAAAAUGAAAAUGUUGUUCAUUAUAUUAUUAAAAAUGUAGAAUACUUUAUCGAUAAUUAUUUGAGUGUUUUUUUUCACAUUAUUGUAACAAAUAUUAAUAAUUUCUUUGGCAUAAAUGAAAGUAAAACAUUGGAAAAUUAUUUUCAACGCACGAAUAAAAAAUUUUAUCAUUUUAUACACAAAAAGAAAGUCCAGUUGACAAAUAUAUAUUAUGAUAUUUUUCGAAAAAAUAAGGAAAAAAAAAAGAAAAAAAAAAAAAAUUCCUUAUUAAAACAAAAAAAGGAACACAAAAGAUAUUCAUUUUAUACAUGCCUUUUUAAAAAGAAGAUUGAACAUAAAAAUUAUGACUCUUCUUGUGCGGAUAAAUACUCGUUGCAUAAUCCCAUUUUUGAGCCAACCUUUUAUUAUAUCACGUCUCAUCAAGUAGCAUACAACUACAUAACACAUAUGAACAAUAUUUAUUUAAGGAGACUCGUUUUGUUAUAUUUUUUUGUUUUUAUAUUUUACUUGAUAGUUACCAUUUGUCCAAUUUUUUCUAUUUAA